AUGCAAGUUACCGUACCGUCAUCUGGAUCAGCUUCUGCUUCCCUAGCAAAGGACGAUAAUCGUAGCGUUCUACCCACGAAUGUCAAACCAAUUCAUUAUGACCUUAGUCUCUACCCAGACUUGGAGACAUUUGCUUAUGGUGGUAAUGUCAAUGUCUCUUUAGACGUGAUUGAGGAUUCAGACACGAUUACCCUGCACGGAAUAAAUUUACGUAUCUUAAGCGCUGCUUUGGAAUGGGGUCAUCAAACCAUUUGGACAGACAACGUUACUUACAAAGAUGAACGCAUUGUCCUUCAAUUCUCCUCCAUUGUGCCUGCUAAUUCCGUUGCAGUUUUAAAGCUUGCUUUCACUGGUGUCAUUUCCAAGGGUAUGGAAGGCUUUUAUCGUUCUAGUUAUGUCGAUGCCGAUGGAAACACCAAGUACCUUGCUACCACUCAAAUGGAACCUACUAGUGCUCGUCGCGCAUUCCCUUGUUGGGAUGAGCCUGCUUUGAAGGCAACCUUCAGCAUUGACAUAACCGCAAAGUCCAAUUAUACUAUUUUAAGUAACAUGAAUAUCUCUGAAGAAGUUAUCAAGGAUGACGUGAAAACUGCUCGUUUCGCAAAGACUUGCCGCAUGUCUACCUAUUUAUUGGCUUGGAUCGUUGCCGAACUUGAAUAUGUUGAAUGCUUUACACCUGGUAAACAUUGCCCUCGUUUACCUGUCCGUGUCUACACUACUCCUGGCUUCGCCCAGCAGGGUAAAUUUGCCGCCGAUUUAGGUGCUAAGACCAUAGAUUUUUUUUCUGGUGCCUUCAACGAAGCAUAUCCCUUGCCCAAAUGCGACAUGGUAGCUAUUCCUGACUUUGAAGCUGGUGCCAUGGAAAACUGGGGUCUCAUUACUUAUCGUCUCUCUGCCAUUUUGGUUUCUGAAGAUUCUGCUGCCACCGUCAUUCAGCGCGUUGCCGAAGUUGUCCAACACGAGCUGGCUCACCAAUGGUUCGGCAAUUUGGUCACUAUGCAGUUCUGGGAUGGCUUGUGGCUUAACGAAGGUUUUGCUACGUGGAUGUCUUGGUUCAGUUGUCACAACUUCUAUCCCGAAUGGAAGGUUUGGGAAUCAUAUGUCACCGACGAACUACAAUCCGCCCUUGCUUUGGAUGCUCUUCGUUCUAGUCAUCCCAUUGAAGUUCCUAUUAUGCACGAGUAUGAAAUUAACCAAAUUUUUGAUGCCAUUUCUUACUCCAAGGGAUCUUGCGUCAUUCGUAUGAUUAGCAAGUAUGUUGGAGAAGACGUUUUCAUUAGAGGUAUUCAAAAAUACAUUUCCAGACAUCGUUACAACAACACCGUUACCGAAGAUUUAUGGGCUGCCCUAUCUGAAGAGUCUGGUCAAGAUAUUUCUACCAUGAUGAAGUGCUGGACCAAGUUCACCGGCUAUCCCGUCAUCAGUAUCUCGGAAACCAAAGAAGGAAAACUUCGCAUUGAACAACAUCGUUUCUUAUCCACCGGUGAUGUUAGCCCUGAAGACGACAAGACGCUAUACUGGGUCCCAUUAAAGUUGAAGACUAUUAAAGAUGGAAAGCCCACGGUGGAUGAGAAGAUUGUUUUGACAGAAAGAUCUGUUGAGCUUCCCCUUUCACAAGAAUCUCAUGGUGCUUACAAACUUAAUUCAGAACAAUCUGGUAUUUAUCGAGUACAAUAUACGACCGAUCACUUAAAGAGACUUGCAAAGGUUGCCGUUGAAAAGCCCGAAUUCCUCAGCGUCGAGGACCGUGCCGGUUUGAUUGCUGAUGUUGCUUCCUUAUCCAGAGCUGGCUAUGGGCAUGUUAGCAGCACUCUCGACUUGGCCAAGACUUGGAAAGAAGAACCAAGCUUCGUUGUUUUCACAGAAAUUUUAGCUCGUCUAAAUGGUAUCAAGUCCACUCUACGCUUUGAAAAGCCCGAGAUUGUAGAUGCUUUGAAGAAGUUCAUUUUGGAGAUUUCUUCCGUCAAAGCACACAAACUCGGAUGGUCUUUCGACAGCUCUGAUGAUCACAUCAGCCGUCAAUUCAAGAGCACAGUCUUUGGUUUUGCUGGUGUCAAUGGUGACAAGAAGGUUGUCUCGGAUGCUAUCAGAAUGUUCGAAGCAUACGCUGCGGGUGACCAAAAAGCCAUCAACGACAAUCUCCGCUCUUCUGUUUUCAUUAUCGCAGUCCGUCACGGUGAGCCUAAGUGUUGGGAUCAAUUGCUGGAUAUUUACAAGAAGUCAAAUGACCCAUACGUUCGCACCAAUUGCCUUAGAGCAUUUGGCUACACUGAAAACGACGCAUACAUUGAAAAGACCCUUCAACUUGCCUUGGAUCCUAUUGUCAAAGAGCAAGAUUUGUACUUGGUAUUGUCAAGCUUGUCUAGUCAUAAGAAGGGUGUAGUCACUAUGUGGAAGUUUGCUACAACCCAUUGGGAGCAACUCUUGAAGCGACUUCCCAUUGCUGGUACCAUGCGUGGCCAUAUUGUUCGAAUCAUUACCGGCGGAUUUACUCACAAGUCGGAUAUUGACACCAUCAAAAAGUUUUUUGCCAACCAAGACAUCAAGUUGUACGAACGUGCACUUCAACAAUCUUUGGACAGCAUUUCGUCCAGCUCUAGUUUCAUUGAGAAGUCGUUGAACGACAUUACAGAAUGGCUCAAGAUUAACAAUUACGUCUAA